UGCGACAUAGGUCAUAGGUCAGCAAUCAUGGCAGACGACCCAGUCCGGGCCUUGCUGCAGAUGAAUACAGACCAGACAGAAGAAGAUGACAGUGCCCUGGUGCUCAGUGAUGAGGAGGUGGAGUCAGACAGUGAAGGACAGCACAGGAACCUGCUGGAUGCCAUCACAUCACUGGACAAAAAAAGUAGAAUCAAAGGGAAGGUCAUCCAGAGGUCAGAGCCCAGCCUCCAGGUGUCUCCAUUUGACAUCUCUUCAGGUGACAAUGGAGGAAGCCGUGUUCACCUCAAUGACCUUGUGGGGUCACUGCGGAACACCAACCAGUUCUCCAAGGUCAAGACUCAGAUCCGCAAGAUGCAAGGUCGACAGAAGGUCAUGGAGGCACCACUGGUCAAGCCACAGGCUCAGAGGAUUGAGCGCUCGCUGGCGUACAAAGCGGCUAAGAAGGAGGUGUCUCGCUGGACGCCCAUCGUGAGACAGAACAGACAGGCAGCACAGCUGGUCUUCCCUCUGCACCAGGAACCUGUGUCACUACCAACCACUGACAGUAUGGUCAAGACGUUCAAGCCGAGUACCGACCUUGAACGCGAGAUCUUCGAGGUUCUCCACGGCAGUAAGUUUGCGGAGCGGCGGGACCACGAGCUGACGGAGGCGGAGGAGGAGGCACUGAGAGCCAUGAGUCUGGACGAGGCCUUCUCCCGCAGAAAGGAGCUGCAGAAGAUGAGAGCCCUGCAGUCAUACUACGCAGCCAAGUGUGCUCGGGAGAAGAAGAUCAAGAGCAAGAAGUAUCACAGGAUAAAGAAACGUUCCCGUGUCCAGGCAGAGAAGUUGGCUAUCGAGGAGCUGCACAAGACAAACCCUGAGCUGGCCCAGGAGGAGAUUAGGAAAGCGGAGAAACUCCACGCCGAGGAGCGGGCCAGUCUACGCCACAGGAACACUGGGAAAUGGGCACGCAGCAAGAUGGUCAUGGCCAAGUUUGACGAUGAGGCUCGUCAGGCUGUCCAGGAACAGCUGGAUAAAAGCCGUGAGCUGACCAAUCAGAUCCGAGCUCUACAGCAGGACAGCAGCAGUGAUGAGGACCAGGGGGAGGAGGAGGAGGAGGAGAAUGGGAAGGAUGGGGAGGCUGUUACCAUGGAAACUGUGGUUGAUGAUGACAAGAAUCCAUGGAUGAAGUCUGCUUUGAAGAUAAAUUCAAAAAGCAAUCAAAAGGAUGAUCCUCCUGUGCAAGAGGAAGAACAACCCAAAACAGAUGACAAUGAUGAUGAAAAGCCAGAGGAAGAAACAACUGAAGAGAACGGUACAACAGAACAACAGUCCCUUAAGGACAAUAAAGAAAGCAAAGAACAGAAAGAAGUGAUUACAGCUGAAAAUGUGGCUAAAAAGAAAAGGAGACGAAGGAGCAAGAAAAAGAAGGAAGGAGAGAAUGGAGCAGAGGAGGAGAAGGGAGACUGGUCUGAAGUGUUGAAAGAAGAGAAGAAAACUGGUAAGAAGAGGAAAAGAAGAGGAAAGAAGACAGAAGUGGAUGCAAAGAAGUCCAGGCCAGAUGGAGAUGUGAUGGAGAGAGGUACUGAUGAGGCUGGGGAGGUGCAGGACUUUGAUGAUGAUGAGACAAUGUUGGAGGAGGGGCUAGAAAGAAGGAAGACACUGGAGGAGGUAGAGUCAGCAGCAAAAAGACCAGAUACGAAGACCAACUCCCCACAACGGCCCAAAGCAGACAGUCCCACCAACCCGUCCCUACAGAAGCAGAGAGAGAUCGUGAAGGAAGUUCACAUCAACCCCGACAAGUUCUUCACCAUCCAGCCCUCCAAACUACGCUCCUCCGUACCAACUUACCUUGACGUGGACGACAACAUAGACAUGAUCGAUUUUGACCAACAGCGGGAGAACAUCGAAGAAGCGUUUGCGAAUGACGACGUCGUGAGCGAGUUUGUUGAAGAGAAGAGAAAGGCGGAGGAAGCGGGGAAACCUAAAGACAUCGACCUGUUCAUGCCGGGGUGGGGGAACUGGGGAGGAGUUGGGGUCAAGGUUGAUCCCAAGAAAAGAACAAGGUUUAGAAAGAAGGCUCCGCCCCCUAAGCCGCGGCUGGACUGGGGCCUUCAUCACGUCAUCAUUAAUGAGGACAAGGAUGAGAAGCUGAAAACUCACCAGGUGAGACAACUGCCCAAGGGUUUUGGUUCCGUUACUGAGUUUGAGCGCUCAAUCCGAGCUCCGCUGGGUAAGGACUGGAACACGCCGUCCGCCGUCGCCAAACUGACGGAACCCAAGGUCGUCACAAGGGCAGGCACCAUCAUCCAACCAAUCAGUGGUGAGGAGACAUUCAAGAAAGGGAAAGCAAAGAAAAUGGACAUGGAGGGGAUGGAUGAAGGAGGGAAGACAGAUAGGAGGAAUAGAGGAAGGAGGGAUAACAAGAAGUGAGGUGCAACAGGCAGGGAAUAGAUUUGCACAUGUGCAAGAAUGCUGAAACCUAACAGAACAGGGCUCAAAAUGUCCUGGAUAAUUAUGUAGGUUUGUGCAGGUACAUUGUAUAAUGGCACUGAAAAUAAAACUGCAAAAAUGUAAUCAAAUUGACAACCUGUUAAUGAUUUAUUUCCUUGUUUUCUAAAUUAGUACCCAAUGUAUUCUCUCUUUUUUAUGGACCAAAUUAUGUAAAUU